AUGUCCAAUCUUAAAUCAACUCUGCUCUCCAAAGCCUGGUUCGGCUUCGACCUUGACGACACCCUCCAUGAAUUCCGUAAAGCUUCCACCCAAGCCUCACAAAGCGUGUUUGAAGCCAUACACUUCAAUGAAGGAAUUAGCAUCGAUAUUUUGAGAUCCACAUAUCAAGAUAUACUACGUACAACCACUGCCAACGCAUUCACAGAUGGACGGACCUCGGUGGAAUACCGCCGUGAACGAUUGACCCGGCUUCUGGAGGUAGUAGAUGGCAAUAAGGUCUAUUCUACUAGUAUGAGCGAGAUUGAGCCUUUACUGGAUAUCUACCAAUCAUCGCUACGGUCACAUCUAGCCCUGAAACCCGGUGUUGUGGAUCUAUUUCGGGUUCUACGGGGGCUUGAAAAGAAUAUCAUUGUUAUUACUGAGGGCCCGGCCGACGCGCAGCAGUGGACUGUUAAGGAACUAGGACUGGAGCCCUAUAUUGAUAUCUUGGUCACUACUAAUGAAGUGGGAACGUCGAAAGUCGAUGGGCUGUUUGGGGUUGUGUUGGGGAAGUAUGGGAUUGAUGCUGGGGAUAUCGUUUAUUUUGGAGAUAAUGCGGUGCGAGAUGUACAGGCUGCGGGUGAGACUGGGAUUUUGGCGGUUCUAUAUGAUGAGGGGAGAAACAAGGUCUUGGAUAACUUGGAUACUUUGAGGAUUGAUUCUUGGCGAAUGUUGCUGGAUAUACUGGGUGAUGGGAGAUAG